CACCUUUAAAAAUUAUUAUUUUUGGGGGGUAAGCAAUUCGCAUUGGAAGUAAAAGGGUUUUCAACUUGAGUAGAGUGUGAGACUAAGAAAGAAGAGUUGCAUAGUUUUGUUGAGUUCAAAAUGCGAUCCUUCACCGUCUACGCCAUCUUCCUCAUUGCGAUCCUUCCCCGUCUUUUUCUUCAGGGACACUCACUCUCACCAUUUUCAUCAGCCCUCGAAACCCUCCAAAAACAACUAGGUUACACAUUCAAGAGCACCAGUCUUCUCCGUCGUGCCAUGACUCACGCUUCCUUCUCCGAAGAGAACAACAAAGCUUUCAGCAUUUUCGGUGCUACCAUCAUUGAAACAUCCGUAUCUUUCAAUUUGCUUUCAAAAGACGUCGAUGUUUCAGCCAAAGAGUUAAACCGUCGAAUAUCCCUAAUCUCCAACGUCGACUCUUCCUGUGCCGUCGAUGCAAUGCGCUUGAGUUUGCACAAGGUGGUUCGUGUAUCUCCCAAGACCAAUUCUUCUUCCCCUUCUGUCCUUUGCGGUGCUUUCCGAUCAAUCUUCGGUGCUAUUGCUCUUGAUGCUGAAAAUUCUGAUGAUGCUGGUAAGGUUUUCUUGACUGUUCAUGGUCGUGAUUUUGGGGUUUCCAUGGCUAUGUGAAAUGUGGCUUCAACUUUUAGUUCCAGUGUCUGUUUUUCAUUCUGAACAUACUUCUUAAUGGCUUAUGUAUUAGUUGUUUUUGUUUGUAGUAGUUGAGUUUUAUUUAGUUAAUCUAAUUAACUCUACUAAGUACUAGUCUGUGAAGUUGUGAAAUGCUGCUAUGUAUGAUAUACUAACUGACUGUGUCUUAAUUGAAUCAAGAUAUAUUGUUGAUUCUAAAUUUGUAUAUAUGUAUUAGGGUUUAAUGUAAACAUUUUAAAUUGUCUGUAAUUCAUAACCAUCAGAUCAUCGAAAACAUUUUGGCUUUAACUAUAACUACUCUUAAAGUCACACAAUCGUGUGAUUGUGAUUUGUUGACAA